CAAUCCAACACCACUUGCUGGCGAAGAGAACUUUUGACAGAUCCAUCCUCAAAACAAAUCGUGUUUUUGCGUUUUUCCUCGCAUCUCGUGUAUGGGCGAAGGAAAAUUUCCUUGAAUUUUCCUGGAAAAAGUGGUGAAAACGUAAAGAAAUUGAUUUUGAAAUAGUGCCAAAAGUGAUUGAACAACCCGCACCAUGCCGCGAAUUAUGAUAAAGGGUGGUGUUUGGCGAAACACCGAGGAUGAAAUCCUCAAGGCGGCGGUGAUGAAAUAUGGCAAGAAUCAGUGGUCGCGAAUUGCCUCGCUGCUGCACCGGAAGUCGGCCAAGCAGUGCAAGGCGCGGUGGUACGAGUGGUUGGAUCCGAGCAUCAAGAAGACCGAGUGGUCCCGGGAGGAGGACGAGAAGCUGCUGCACCUGGCGAAGCUGAUGCCGACGCAGUGGCGGACGAUUGCGCCGAUCAUCGGGCGGACGGCGGCGCAGUGCUUGGAGCGGUAUGAGUACUUGUUGGACCAGGCGCAGCGCAAGGAGGAAGGGGAGGACGGGUCGAUGGAUGAUCCGAGGAAGCUGAAGCCGGGCGAGAUCGAUCCGAAUCCGGAGACGAAGCCGGCGCGACCGGAUCCGAAGGAUAUGGACGAGGACGAGUUGGAGAUGCUUUCGGAGGCGAGGGCUAGGUUGGCCAAUACUCAGGGUAAGAAGGCCAAAAGGAAGGCGCGGGAGAAGCAGCUGGAGGAGGCGAGGAGGUUGGCCGCGCUGCAGAAGAGGAGGGAGUUGAGAGCCGCGGGUAUUGGACUGGGGAACCGGAAACGAAAGUUGAAGGGGAUUGACUAUAACUCGGAGGUUCCGUUCGAGAAGACUCCGGCGCCGGGAUUUUACGACACUUCGGAGGAAUUUGUGGUUCCGAUCGCGGCGGAUUUCUCGAGCUUGAGGCAGCAGCAGUUGGACGGGGAGCUGAGGACGGAGAAAGAAGCGAGAGAACGCAAGAAAGAUAAGGAGAAGCUGAAGCAGAAGAAGGAGAAUGAUGUUCCGUUGGCGAUGCUGCAGAAUCAGGAACCGGCGAAGAAGCGCUCUAAGCUGGUACUGCCGGAACCACAGAUUUCCGAUCAGGAGCUGCAGCAGGUCGUGAAAUUGGGCCGGGCCAGUGAGAUUGCCAAGGAAGUGGCUUCAGAAUCAGGAGUGGAAACGACGGAUGCCCUGUUGGCAGAUUACAGUAUAACUCCUCAGGUGGCGGCUACUCCCAGAACUCCAGCUCCGGUGACGGAUCGCAUUUUGCAGGAAGCUCAAAAUAUGAUGGCGUUGACACACGUGGACACGCCCCUAAAGGGCGGGGUUAACACACCUUUGACCCAAUCGGAUUUCUCCGGGGCACUUCCCCAGAGCCUAGUCGUUGCCACUCCCAAUACUGUUCUGGCCACGCCUUUCAGGUCGACUCGUGGCCCAGAUGGAGCUGCCACCCCAGCAGGAUUCCUAACUCCGGGCUCCGGAGCAUUGGUUCCGGUUGGAGCUACUCCAGCGCAGCCGGGAGCGACCCCCAAUUUCGUCCGGGACAAGUUGAACAUCAACGCGGAGGAAUCGAUGUCCGUGACAGAAACUCCUGCUGCCUACAAGAACUACCAAAAGCAGCUCAAGUCAUCUCUGAAAGAAGGACUUGCUUCUCUGCCAACUCCAAGGAACGACUACGAAAUCGUAGUCCCGGACAACGAAACGGAUGAGCUGGCGGAUGAUGGCACCGGAGGGGAACCAUUGGUGGCGGAUCAAGCCGAUGUUGACGCCCUUCGAAAACAAGAGCAACGCGCCCGGGACGCCAAGGAACUAUCCUUGCGAUCGCAGGUCAUUCAACGGGAACUUCCUCGUCCCCUGGAAAUCAACAUGACCGUCCUCCGUCCUCCCAACGAAAUGCAUGGCCUGACCGAACUCCAACGCGCCGAAGAGCUGGUCAAGCAGGAAAUGGUCAAAAUUCUCAACUAUGACGCCAUCCGCAAUCCGGUGGUCAACCCACAAGCUCCACCCGUCAAAAAGAACCCCCUGACCCAGCAUCUGGCCUAUCUGGAACAACAUCCGUAUGAGGACAUUGACGAAUCGGACCUGGACGCCGCCAAAGAGCUCCUAAAAGAGGAAAUGGGCGUCGUCAAGGGCGGAAUGGCCCACGGUGAUCUCUCGCUCGAAAGCUACACCCAAGUCUGGCAGGAAUGUCUCUCCCAGGUCCUCUAUCUCCCCAGCCAGAACCGCUACACCCGUGCCAAUUUGGCCAGCAAAAAGGAUCGCAUUGAAUCCGCUGAGAAACGUCUCGAAAUCAACCGGAAGCACAUGGCCAAGGAGGCCAAACGUUGCGGCAAAAUCGAAAAGAAGCUCAAAAUCCUCACCGGAGGCUACCAAGCUCGUGCCCAGGCCCUCGUCAAGCAGUUCCAGGACACCAACGAGCAGAUUGAGCAGAACAACCUGGCCCUGUCCACGUUCAAAUUUCUCGCGUCCCAGGAGGACCUGGCCAUUCCCAAGCGCCUCGAGUCGCUCACCGAGGACGUGAUGAGGCAAACCGAGCGUGAGAAGGCACUCCAGAAGCGCUACGCACAGCUGACCGAGGAAUUCCGGGAGCUGUUCAGGGACGAGUUGGGACCACCGCAGCAGGUGCAGCAGCCGCAGUCGCAACCGCAGCAGCGCCAGCGCCGACAGAGACACGAGCAGCAACCCCCGAGGAUGCAGAACGGUAGGAAGGAGGAAGUGUUGGCGGAGGUGGAGGAGGAGGUUGUAGCGGAGGAGCAGCCGCCCCAGCAGGAGGAAGUGGUGCAGCAGGAAGCUGCUGAGGAGAGGGAACAACCGGUAGAAGAGGGGGAGCAGCAACCGGAGCAGCAGGAAGAGCAACCUCAAGAGGAUGGAGAACCGAUGGACUGCCAAAGGGAUGAUGAGGAACAAUAGUAAGGGCGGUGAAGUGGAGGCAGUCUACGGCUGAAAUCUAUAAUUAUCGACUAAUUGUAAUAAUUACUUUGUAAUAGUUGUACGAACAUUAAAUCUUCAUUAGGAUAAUGGUGAA